AUGAAACUCAUAACAUUGAUUACUAGUACUAAACUUUUUAUACGACAUUAUAUUAUCGCAAUGGACUCGAGUUCAUCUAGCUUUCUUUUGAACUCUUCGAAUUUUCACUCGGUUUUCUAUCAAGAUAAACGCGAUGAUGAUGGUAUAAUUGAUCUUGGUCUUAGUCUCGGAACGGUUCAUCAUGAUGCUUAUCAUUCUUCAACCAACUUGUAUGAUGAUGACAUUAUGGAUUGGCCUAAUGUGAAGAACUCAAGCACCGCGCAUUCGAGAUCUGUUCAUGAGAACUUUGAUGAAGAGAUAGAGGGGGUUCAGAUUAAUGAGAGAUGGGCUUAUGUGAAGGUUAACAUGGAUGGUGUCUCUAUUGGUAGGAAAAUUUGUGUUCUUGAUCAUGGAGGAUAUUCAAGUCUAGCAAUUCAACUAGAGGACAUGUUUGGUAGCCACUCAGUUUCUGGUAUAAGACUGUUUCAAUCUGGAUCGGAAUAUUCAUUAUUCUAUAAAGACAGAGAAGAUAAUUGGAGGGCUGUGGGUGAUGUUCCUUGGAAGGAGUUUGUAGAAUGUGUGAAAAGGCUGAGGAUUGCAAGAAAGAAUAAAGGCUAUGUUAAUUAA